GCAACGGAGAACAUGGCUGAUGGGGAGAGCCCCAAGCCUGACACUGUUCAAACUUUGGACCAAGAUGCACCAGAGAUUGCACAGAUGAGAGAAACUACUGAAGAUGUUCCUGAGGAAAAAGAUCAGACACCCACUAUGAAACCUCCUCCAUCACCAAGUAUUGUUGGAGAUGUUUCAGAUGAUAUACAAAGAAACAUGAGAGAAGCUGAUGUGGCUGAGCAAGGGGAUCGGAUACCCACUUCAGAACCUCCUACAUCACCAGAGUUACUUGGAGCUGUUGUAGGGGAUACAGAAACAAAUAUGGAAGAAGCUCAUGUCACUGUACAAGGAGAUCAGAUACCCAUUCCAGAACAUUCCCUGUCACCACAAUUAGGUGAAGAUCAUCUUGGGGAUUCAGAAGGAAAUAUGAUGAUCGCAGAUGAGUUUGCAUCGGGCAUGAUAGUAUCCUCACCAGAGUCUCCAGCUGAUGCUCAAGAACUGAAAACUGAAAUGAGCAGGCCAUCCACACAAAGCAGUACUGAAGAACUCUCUAUAACAGGACUGCCGGAUUUGGGCUUGCAACUAGAAUGUCCUAAAAGCACCCCCAUUGAGCGCGAGUCAGACGAAGAAUCAGAUAUGGAUGACGAACACACAGAAUUGGUUGUGCUUGACCCAGAUCAUCCUCUAAUGAAGCGCUUCCAGGAAGCUCUGAAGAAUCAUCUUUCAAAGCAAUUGGACAAGUUAACUCUGGAACUCAGGGAUUUGACACGGAGAAUGAAAAAGCAAACAACUGAGCGUGAAGACACAGGAGUGAUUCUUUAUGGAACACAACAGUCUCUUGCCCAAAUCCAAAUGGAACUUGAAAAAUUACAUGACCGUUGCUCUUCAGCUUCAGCAAAAAGAAGAAAGGCAGAGGAAGAUUUGGCACAUGUGAGGAAUCUUUACCAAAUGUCACAAGUCACAACAAAUAGUGAGCGCUCAAAAGUGUCACAACUACAAACGGAAGUUGAAAAUAUUGCACUGCGACAUUUCUACAUGGACACCUUAAAACAUGAUGUGUGUUCUGACAUCAUGGUGAUGAAGCGCACAACAGAAAAGUUAGAGACUGAAAAAUUACAGGCAGCAAAGCUGAAACAGACGCAGGACAUGUUUGUAGACCGUUUAGUAUCACAAAUGGAUGCACUGCGAGAACAGAUUGCAAUGUAUGAAGCCCAGUAUGUCGCACAAGCCGAGGAAACAAAAGCGGCACGGAAAACAGUAGCAGAGGCCACCACGGAGAUUGAGGUAAUUGGCUAUGAGAAGAAGCAACUAUUAGAGCAAUGGAAAAGUAGCCUAAUUGGAAUGCAACGGCGUGAUGAGGCAUAUGCUGCAAUGCAGGAAGCUGUCAGGCAAUCAAAGCACCAGUUGGACACAUUGAAGACUGAAAUGCAUGCCUAUAAAAAUUUUAUUAUGAAACAAGAGGAGAAGAAUGAAUUUCUAACAGCUACACUGAACAGAUUGACGAAUGAUGUUAAUAUGACUCAAAAAAUGAUUAUGCAGAACCUUGCAAAGCAGGAAGGAUUAAAGCAUGAAUAUAGCACCUACACUCGGACAUUACUUGAAACAGAACGUUUGUUCAACAAAGCUUCAUUAGACAAGAACACACGCCAAAGUGAGAUCAAAGUAAUACAAUUACAAAUAGAGAAGGAAUAUACAACAAAGGCUAAACUGGAAGAUGAAAUUAUGGCAAAAUUGGAGAGUAACUUGACCAUGAAUCAGGCAACAAAUUACUUGAAACGCUUGGGUGACAAUCUUCGAAUCCGGAAACGACAAAUGGAAAUUGAUUAUGCAAAAACAGAAAAUGAAUUUGCUCAAAUAAAUCUGGAAAUGAAUGACAGGAAAGCAGAACUGAGCAGGCUGCAGAAAACUCUACAUGAACAGCACAAUGAAUUGAAUGAGAAAAACAGAGUUGUCUCAUUGAGUGAAAAAGAAAUUGCUAAACGACUGCUUUCCAUUCAGAAUAAGCAGUCAGUGCUUAACAUACAUAACAAGAAGAUUGCACAAUUGAUAGCAGAAUUGGGAGGACGCGAAAUGAGCCCUUUGGAGCUCAAAAUCAAAACUUUGACAAAAAAGAUUGAGGAACACAACAAAGAAAUUUCAACACAACAACAGUACUGGCUAAAACAACAGCAUGAGCUGGUUAGACUGACCCAAGAAAGGGAGAAGCAGACAGCUGAUGUAGAACUACAGAAGAAACAGGUCACUAUUCUCGAACAGAAGAAAAUCCGCACUGAGAAUAUGAUACAACAGGGACUGAAUGCAAAGAAAGACAUUGAGCGUCACAUGCGUGCUCUGUCUAAUGACAUGGUGAAGCUCAAUGGGCUGUUAACAAAGAAUAACUCCAUGAAGGAUUCACUUGAGCAUAUGAAUAUACUGAUGGAAAAUGAAUUUGUUACUGCGUUGAAGGAUGCUGAGCGAGAAGCUAUUGUGAAGCAGCAAAAGCUGGACCAGCUGAAGGAAGAAAAAGAACGGCUACUUAACAGUCUUGUGGAAGCAGAGCGUCAGAUUAUGCUGUGGGAAAAAAAGAUACAGCUAGCAAAAGAGGCACGAUCAGCUGUUGAUUCAGAUGUGGGACAGAGUGAGAUACGAGCCAUGAAAGCUGAGAUACACAGGAUGCAAAUACGCCACAGUCAGCUUAUGAGGCAGCAAGAGCAAAUGAUUCGUGAAAUGGAGGCUGUUGUCUCACGCAGGGAUACAAUUGUGACACGUGCGGAAGCACAGGCCAAAGUAGGCAAGAAGCAAGUAACUAAACAAGACUGUCAUAAAAAGAUACAAGAACUUUGCAAGAAAAUUGCUGAUGUACAAAAGAAAAUUGAAGAAUGUGACAAAAGUAUCGAAGAGCUGAGGGAAUCACAGAGAAUCGUGUAUGAACAGCUGGGACAAAAGCAGUGUCAGAUUCAGGAACAGCAAUCUAUGGUUGAUCAACUAAAUGCAAACAUAGAAUCGCAACAGGAAAAGAAACAAGCGAAUCUUACCAAAAUAGUGACUUACCAGACACGACUCAAACACCUUCAGGCAGUGAAAGAAGGAAAGUACAUCCUACAGUGCAGAUCUGAACAGUCAUUGAGGAAUGAAACACAGAAGCAAAAAUGUCGAAUCCACACCAUCAGCACUAUCAUUGCUCGUAUCCAGGAGGAAUGGCCCCAGUACCAGGGAGUACUUCGUAAAGUGACACUUGCACUAGCAGCACGGGGAACAGCAUAGGAGGAACUACUGUAAAAGGAUACACAAAAAUUGCAGCAAACUAGUUGGUGAAGAAAACUAAUAUGGCAGGGAAAACAUACAUUAAUAAAGAUGGUUGUGAGUGGAACUUCAAUUAAUUAAUUCAGUACAACACGAUAUAUCUUUAAGUUACUGAGACCAAGGGGUGGCUUGCACACAGAAUGUCUUUAAGAAAACAUUUGAAAUAGUUUUCUUAUAAUUCUGUAGACUCAUGCUGAUGCGAAUUGAUAUG